UGUCGCAAAAGUUGUACAACUUCACGUGUUCCUAGCAAGUUUGUAAAAAAGUUUGUAAGCAUUCUCCUUUUGUGUCAUAUUUCUUUGGUUCAUGCAGUGGAUGAGGAAUCUAGUUCUUAAACGAUUCCUCCAUAGCUCAACCUCACUCGCUCGCUCCUCCUCCUCCUCAACAUCCAACACUUUCUUGCCCUCCUCCCGAUGCAAUGCAGUUUCUGCCCCACUUGCUGAGGAGAAAGCUGAAACAGUUGUGUUUCCAAGGGUGGGCCCUGGAUUUUCUUAUGGUCUUAAGUGGGCUUUGGCUAGAAAAGGCAUAAUUGUGAAGGACAAAGCUUUUCAAAAUUUGAACUAUUCCGAACUACAAAAAAGGGGUGCAACCAUUGCAGAGUCCUUGUCAGGACUUCCUGUUUAUGUUAGAGGAAGUUUUGUUGGAGGAUCUUCAGAAAUUUCCAAGGCAGAAUUUAGCAAACUUUUGAAACAGGUUACAAGUCACAUAUCAUCCAUCUCAGAUGUUUUUGUUCAUGAUGGGGCUAUUGGUUCAUCACCAAAAUGUGAUGCAAAAGUUCGGGUAAUAAGUGAUAGUCCUGCUGCUGUAUUAUCACUGUCAAACGUUCUUUGGAAGACUCCAACACGUGCGGUUUCGCAUGAUUCUUGUCCUUUGACUGUUUAUGUUGCUACUUCUAUAAGUGCAGGGGUGGGGGACACUAUUGGUCUGGGAUCUCAAGGAACUAGGGGAUUUAUAGCUGCUGAUAUUGAGCGAUCAUCACUUGUUUUAUGUGGUAAAGCAUUCUCAGAUACAAAUGGAAUUAAAGAAGCACUAGCUGCCUUGUCUGGACCAGUAAUAUCUGCACGGGGAGGCCUUCCUCUAUCUGCAAGGCAAUGUUCUCCAAUCUUUACACAUUAUUAUAAUUCUAGUUUUAUGCAUUCCUAUUUACAUCUGCAGUUGGCAAAUUUCAGGCUUCUAGUAUCUGGUGAUUCAGUGAUUCUUUUGUUUGCAUCCGAAGAAACCAUUCGGAGGUGCAAAGAUUCCUUGGUGUCUGCAGAUGCUGGUGUAAUUCUUUCUUCUCAAGGUGUUGCACCAUUUUUUCAAAAUAAAAAAUCUAGUGGCUUGAAUUUAUUCAAACUGCCAGCUGCUGUUAUCCUUGGAUCUUCUGAUAGUUCCGGAAUCAUCCCUCCUGUAUCAAAGCUCUCUCCUGGCCAAGCAGCUUAUCACUUCCUAGCAGGCUAUCAAGACGGGAAGUUCACUCCUGCAUACAGCAAUGGUCCUUCAUCUAGUGACCCAUUAGAACUUUCAAAGGCUCUUUUGUCCAAGUUGCAAGAGAACCAAAUCUCAUCCUUCUUGAUUAAUGUCAACGAGGGGGAAAAGAGUGUAAAUGGCAAGGAUCUUGUUAAUUUUGUGGAAUCAACUCUGUCCAAUAACAUCCCCCCAUUUGAAGUGAAAGGUGGAGAUCUUCAAGGCAAGUACAAGAGCUUUUUAUCUGGCAAAUAUCAAGAAAUACCUGAGGAAUUCUCAUUCUGAUAAAGUAACCAUUUUGUCUGUGUAUCUCUUGCUUUUGUCAGUACACUGAGUACAGUACAACAAUGUAUCCUCUUUUCAUAUAGUUAUACCUCUGAUCAUGUAUAUGA